CACCAAAAAUGUCUCUACGAAGAAGCAAUAUCAGAAGAACCGUCUGCAUUACCAAUAAAAGCUGUCAUUCAUAGAGCACCAAAGAGAAGCUUAUGGUUAUUAAUUACUAUGAAAGAAAGGCUUGUUGAAUGGAUUAAUAAAUGCCGUAAAGAGCAGAAUGCUGUUACCAGAAAUAUGGUUGACCUCCAGUUGAUAGUAAAGGCAUUUAAGUGCUGUGGUGUUUCGGUUAAAAUGGAUGGAACGGAAGACGAUCAGGUUUUCGAUUAUGAGUUGUUGAAUGAAAAUCCAACAGAUGAAAAUGAUGAAAAUUCUGAAGUAAUUAAUGGUGAUGAUAGUGAAGGUGAAAUUUAUGAAGAAGUUGAGGGUGAUAACAAUGUUUGGGAAUAG